AUGGCACCUUUAGUAUCAAGAUCAUCCGACAACGAUACUAGUACUGGGGGCGCCAUUGCCGGCAUCGUUAUUGGAUCUCUUUACAUCCUAUUUCUUGUAACCGUAUUAACGCUUAUCGUCAAAAACAAGAUCCAGAAACGCCGGCGACAAAAGCAUGUCCUCCAGCAAGCCGGAUACAAAACCCUGGGGUCUCAGAUUGAGUUGACAGCUCAAUCUCCGAAUGACGAGGGGAGCGGCAUUGCCCAACUACCAACGAAUGAUGAGGGAGGAGAGGACUUAACAGGAAAGCCUAAGUUGGAGGUUGAAGGCGAGCCAAUUCACCAGCUUCAUAGUAACGAGCAACCUAGAGCGCCAUACGAGCUCCAAGACUCGGUCGAAUAUGUAGGCACAAACGAAGAGACCCAAUCAAAUAUUACUGCAGCGAGAAGUCCUAGAGUACCUUCCGCAGCUCUAGUGCACACAAGAUCACCUUCACCAAUAUUUUCCAGAGGAGAGAACCUACCAUCUAUUUCGAGAAGCCCGUCAUUAAUUUCAAGAAAUCCGUCUACCGCUUCAAGAAACCCAUAUGCGGCAGCAAUGGCCGCGAACGAUGCCCGUACAACUACUUCUACGACCAAAAAACCCACAUUGACGUUAAAUACCUUGACAAAUGAUACUACCGUCUAG